AUGAGUUCUUCUACAGCAAAUGACACCCCAAAUUUAGGAAAUAAUUAUGCAUCUCCUAGUUCAUAUGUAGCCGCUGCCAAGUCAAUUCCAAAACCGUCUUUUCAAAAGAAAGAGCAAGCUAUAGUUUUUCACACAGAAGAUAAUCUAAAACUGGUCGAUUAUGUUAAAUCAAUCGGAGACAUUGUAGGUCCAAAGAAUAUCAGUUUCGCAUCUAGAAUAUCCAACAACAGAAUUUGCAUAUACCUAAAUAAAAUUGAACUAGUGGACCAUUUAAUUAAAAAUAAUCCCAUCAUUCACAUCGGUGGUUUGGACCUAGCUAUAAGACGGUUAGUAACACCAGCAAAGAGGGUUUUGAUUUCAAAUGUGUGCCCUUCUAUCCCUCACGAGUUAAUCCGGGCAGCUCUAGAAAACUACGGUUUACAACUUACUUCACAAAUAUCUUUUCUGAGAGCUGGAAUCCCAGGAGAUGAAUACAGCCACAUUCUCUCGUUCAGAAGACAAGUAUAUAUUGUUCCACCUUCAGAUGACUACGAACUCCAAACUUCGCUAGUUAUCGCCUUUGAGAAUAAUGCUCACAGAAUUUUCCUGUCCACUGAUAAAAUGGAAUGCUUCCUCUGUAAGCAAUCUGGCCAUAUUGCAAGCCUUUGUCCAACCGCUCAACCAAUCCCCCCUUCCCAAACAACUGCCCCUUUCCCUGCCAUACCCCCCUCUUUACACCCACCUAAGCCAGCUGAAUCAGAAUUAACUCUCACUCAAACAGAACUCGCAGCCCCCUCUCCAAAUUCCAUUGAAGCAACUACAUCCAAAACUCAGAUUCAUCCAACACCCGCACAAAAAAGAACCUGUCCCAGCUCAGCAGAUUCAAAUGAGAGCAUUCCUCUUCCCGAGGAUCUUUCAAAUACUCUAACUAAUCCAGGUAUCAUGCCUCCUCCGGAUCCACGCUCAGAAACAACUCCCAAACCUAUCACAAAGAAGAGGAAAAAGGACACAUCUGAAGAUUUUAAGCUGUCAGAAUCCACAAAGAAACUUAUUUUAGACAUCUACAGUAAAUCACAAGAUACAUUUACUAUUACAGCCCAAAACUUCAUAGCGUUUCUCGAAAACUCUUUUGGCAGCUCCAGUCCCCUAUCAGAAGCUCAACGGUUCACUACAGAUGUUCAAUCAUUACUUUCCGAUUUAUACACCAUCUAUCCUUCCUUAGAUGAAAGAUCCAUUAAGAUCCGAUUAACAAGACUUAGCAAAAAGUUAAGAAGAGAACUAAAAAUAGAGGAAUCAGACGCUGAAAGUCUAGCAUCUCACUCUUUCGAUACGUACUGUGAUGAUUUAGAAGCUUCUCUAAAGCACACGAACCCAGAUAUAGCAAAGCUGCAAGGUACGUUUAAGCUGUUGGAAAAAUUAAAUGAUGAAUUCGAGGAAGAAUCUAAUAAAAUGAUAUGCAAGAUGCUAAAUGAUGGAAAACCCGAAGAAGAUAUCGCAAAGUUUAGUGGUCCUCAAACUUUUUCCGACCAAACAUGA